AUGAAGCCACUCAAAGUCCAACGAGAACUGCUUAGGAAAAACGGGAAGCCCAUCUCCUGCGAGCCAUGUCGCAUCUCAAAGAUCCGAUGUGACCAUGCUCAGCCUACGUGUAAGAGAUGUGUUACGAGAAACCUCACUCCCAAGUGCUAUUAUCAUCCCGCUCCGUUAACUCGAGUCGGGAAGAAGUCUUGCCAGAAACAACUGGAGUCGGAUCCCAUCCCGUCCGUCACUCCCCCAGUGGAAAAAGUCCCCAUUUCGGUGUGUAAUGAUAGUACUCAGAUAUGUCGUCCUCUACACACCCCCGGCAGUUCAACUGGAGUAUCUGAAGGCACGCCAUCCAGCACAGCACAGAGGACCUAUUUGGGCCCGACUAAUUAUAUGUCUGUGUUCCACGACAUAAAUCCCAACCUUGUCAUCUCUGCAUACUCCCGCUCUUCUGUUCUUCGACAGGGAUGGACUGGCGAUUUUAGCUGCGUUGCGCGGAGAUUGGUGCAACUUUUACGUUCCUUAACGAUGUAUGAAGAGUUGAUUAAGAAGAAAUAUAAGGAGGAGAGGUUCACCGUCAUUCCAGCACCGCUCAUUCUCGAACCAUUGAAACUUCUCCGUGACAGUCUUGACAACGGUCGAUGGCCUCGAGAUGAUGAUGAGUUGGUGUCUAUGAUCACACGCAAUACGGCAGAAAAGUCGAUCGAUAUCAACUCUAAUACGACGCCGGAAAGCUUUUUUGCUAGUUUCACUGGGGAAAACUUACGGUGGGAAUUUGUUGGUACUAUUUUCACCCUUGCCGGUCUGGCUGAUAUUGAGCCACCGAGUGAGACCCGCCUAUCAUCUAGUCACACUGAGCAGGCAGGAGGAAUCUAUGCAUUUGCAGCGGAAAUGGCAGCAGCGAGCAAUGCUUGUUUGGAUAUUUGUCAACAAUAUGAUAAUGUUAAUGAUCUAAUCAUAUGGCUGCAUUAUACCCACUUUGUCCUUGCGUCGGAGUAUUUUGAGGAAACCAGUCAUCACAUAUACAGAGUGUUUGGGGAAUUGGUUUCACAUAUGCACGCUCUUGGGAUUCACCGUCGCCAGUCCUGCACCUUAAACAUUCCCUUUUUUCUGUCGGAGGCGCGGAAAAGAGUGUUUAUCGCAUGCUUUCGUACCGACAAAAAUCUCGCCACUUUUCUCGGAAGGCCACCGCGACUUCCAGGUCUAUAUUGCGACACGGAUCUUCCACUAGACAUUGAAGAUAAUAGUCUAAUGCUGGAUGAGGCGCCACUCCAACAAUUGCUGAGCAAACUAUCGCCGGAUGGAUGGAAUGAGUCAGCUGCCUCUUCCGAUGGAAGAAUUCGUCCAGCGACAGCUAUCAGGGUGCGGUUCAUGAUAGGCACUGUGAGAGAGCAGGUGCUGGCUUUAUCAAUUGGGAAAAAAACGAAGACAUUCCAUGCAGACCUCCAGACCGUGUACCAGGAGUGUAAGGAAUUAUGGGACAAAAUACCCCGCCAGUUUCACUACCAUGAGACUGGCUGGGAACAGAUAGAUUCAUCUACGUCCAUCGUCAGCCUUGCUGCAUAUCUCGAGUAUCUUCAGACGAUAUCCCAGCUUGAGCGCAUACGAUGUCGUGAAAACCCAGACGCUAUGUUGGACCUACUUGACGUAUCGAUGCGCAUUGUCUCCACGGUCAUUGACUUCACCAAGGUUCAUGACCACAUACGUGAUAUUCGACGGAAAUAUGCAUGGACUUGUCUUCUCUAUGCCCUGCCAGCGGCUGGUGUGCUAGCUACAGAGCUUCAUCGAUGUACCGUGCGGGGGACACCACUUCCAUGCUCUGUCCCUAGAUCUACCAUCAUUCGCAAUCUCAGUCUCCUUGUUUCGUGGUUUGAUGACGCCAACGGCAAUAUCAGCGUGACACACAGGGAUUGUGCCCGAGUUAGCGAAAUUAUCACAAGACUGCUCGAUGAGACGUUAAAUCACCAGCCCAAUGCUGGAUAUACCGUGUUAGAUGGACAAAGGGAUGCAUUACAAAAUGGGGCCAUCGCACGGACCAAUGUGCCAAUGGUGGAGGGGCCUGAUACAUUGGGUUCCCAGAUAGAGCAUUACCAGCUCCCUGGCGAGAAUGGUCCUAAUGUGAAUGCCUUUGGAACUAGUGUUGAGUUCUUAGACUGGUGGGAUGACUUUUGGGUGGAUACAUCUAUUCCGGAGGCUCUGCUAUAA